AUGGAAAAUCUAGAAUCAAAAACCCAAUUAAUGAGUUUUAAGAAAGUCUUAUAAAAUAUAGAAGAAAAUCAAAAAUCAAAGAAAGAAUCCGUUGAGAAUAUGAUAUUGAUUAACAUCAAACUAAUUGAAGAAAUCUAAAAAGAUCUAUAAUAAUUAAAGUCUAAUAUUGUUCAAUAAUUAGAUUAAUUUAUUGGAAAUGCAGAUGAAUGGAUCAAACACUUAUUAAAAAUUGGAUCAUAAAAUGUUACUUAUAGCUUUUUUGAUGAAUUGGACAGUUUAAUUAAUUAAAAAAAACUGAGUGAAUUCAAUCAGAAACUCUUAAUUGACCAAAUUAAAUAAAUUAACUAAUCAUGGAAUUAAAAAAUUGAAAAGAAACUACAUUUAUUUAAAUCAUUCUAAGAAACUUAGAAAUGUGAAGAAAAUUUAACAAAGUUAAAAAACAUCUAUGAAACAAAAGAGAUUAUAAACGAAUAAAAAUUAAUUAAAGUAAAAAGUAUUAAAUUAUUAACUAGAUAUAAAAGGAAAUGAUUUAAGUUGAGAAUGAAUAGAAGUAAUUGGAAUAAUAAUUGAUGAAGAAUAAAUAAGUUGAAUUUAAAUUACUUGAUGAUUCAAAUUAAUAGCAUUUAUAAUGUUAUGCAAUAGUGUUUAAUAAAGAUGGAUCAAUUAUGAUUACAACUGAAAUUUGGAGUAUUAACAUUUGGAAUUUUGAAUAAGGAAGAUUUAAAUUAUCUAAUACUUAUACAGAACAUAAUAAUCCUAUUUAUUGUUUGGUUUAUAGCAAAAAGACAAAUAACUUUAUUUCUGGUUGUGCUUAUUAUAAAAUUAUCUGUUGGCAAUAAAUUAAUCAAAAUGAGUGGAAAUGCUCAUAACCAUUUCAAUAACAUAAUGGUAGUGUUAAUUGUUUAAUGUUAAAUAAAUAGGAGGAUCAACUUAUAUCAGGUGGGGGUGAUCAUAAAAUAAUAGUAUGGUAAGUAGAUUUUAUGAAGAAUCAUCUGACUUAUCUGUAUUCUCUAGAUAAUCAUAGUAAUAGUGUUAAUUCACUCAGUUUUAAUUAAUCUGAAUCUGUAUUGGCAUCAUGUGGUUAUGGAGAAUUUAUAAUAUGGGAGAAAGGAUUAUAAGGAAAAUGGGAAUUCAAAUAUAAAUAAAAUGUUUAAAUUGGAUAUAAAAUACAUUUCAUUAAUGAUUAAUAAUUUAUUUGGGUUACAUUAAAUAAGUAAAAAAAUGAUAUUUUAGUAUUUGAAUUAAAGAAUGGAGUAUUUAAAUAGAAUUCAAAUAAAACUAUCACUUUAAAUAAGAAUGAUAAAUGUGAUGAUUUUUUCUUAUUUCCAAUUAUACAUAAUAAAGAUAGAAAUGUGAUAUUGAUAAGACACAAACAUCAUAUCUAUUUGAUAAGACAAUUAAACGAUGGCACAUUUAACAUUCUUGCAUCAUUAAAUUGUUAAACUAAAGAUACAUUUGGAACAAUGACUAAUAAUGGAUAAUAUUUAGUAUUUUUUGAUUGGAGUUAUAAAAAAUACAAAUCAUAUGAAAUAUUAUAUAAAUGA